GGCGCGGUUGUCUGAAUGGCGCCAAAUGGCAAGUGGGUGAAGACUUGGCGAUCGUAUUCGUGAUGAUGCGACGUGGGAAUACUGGAGCUACCAUGAAAGCGAAGAAACAGGCAUCGCUGGGCAAAGGCCAAAAACUGCUGUCUGGCUAUUUCAAUAAGAACUUCAAACAGUCCACUUGGGAUCAAGCAAACACUGAGAAGAAAGGUUCACCACCGUUGUCUCAGGAUGUCAUUGAUUUGAGCGAUGACGACAUUGUGCCUCCGACACCAUGCCAGCAAACCUGCAAAUCUGUGCUGACAAAGUGCACUGCCGUAGGCAGGCCACCUGUGAAAAGCCCACUCAAGCAAUUGGGCACAGAAACCGUCAUAGAAAGGACAUUGCCAAAGCCAUUAAGGCUCAGGAGCUCACCAGCCAAGCAAUUGCUGAGGAGUGCAUCUUCAAAAACUGAUCCAUUGCCACAAACAAAAAGAAAACAUGAUGAAGUCGACAGCUGUGCGAGUGUUGACUUCAAACGUCCCCCAUUUGCUCGGGACUCAAAAACUGUUGCUGGUGCCAACGUUCUGCAUUCCUUGGAAGUACUAGCCACAAAGGAAAAUAUCCCUGAGAAGAAAGCUUCCCUGGAACAAUCUUGGCAAGGUGGCUCAGAGAAUCUGAUUAUUGAAAAAACUUGCCCUGGGGAUCAGGAUGCGCAGGUCGACUUGGCAUGUGGUGAAGAUAAUCCAGUGGAUGAUUGGGGACUAGAUGAUGACUUUGAUCUUGGAAAUGAAAGCCUUGACUUUGACAUCAGUGCCGUGCCAGUGUAUCGCAGUGUGAAGGCCGUUGUAAGAGAUGUAAGCUAUGCCACACCAGGAUGUGUUCACCUCACUGUCAACCAAACUGCAUCACAAGAGGAGCUUGAAUGUGUCCUGAAAGGUUCCUGGCAAAAUGAGAAGGUCUGCCUAGGUGAUUCCAUUUACAUUCAUGCCAAGUUCUUAGGGAAGACUGCAACUAUAGACAGUGAAGGUGGCUUCAUUGUGACAUAUCCCGACAUGCUCGUGAAUAGCACGUCAAUAGUGGCCUCUCUGUUCUGCUCUCGCAAAAGUGUACUUGCGAGCAAGUUUCGGGACGUUGAUGGAUCCAAUGUGACCAUGCUUGUUGGCAGCAUUGCUCACGAGUUAUUCCAAAAGGCAGUGACCAGAAAUGCUAGCAAGAGUGAGAUGUUGGAAAUACUGAACAAGGUCGUUCACAGGAAUGAUUUCUUGAGUGAAAUGUACAGCCUUAACACUUCGGAGACUGAGGUGAGGGAACAGCUCUUGAAGCUUCUUCCCAAUAUAUCACGCUGGAUAGAGGACUACAUGGGCACGAAGCUUCCCGCUAAUGGCAAGCAGGGUGUACUAGUCACAGAAGUGAGGGACAUCGAGGACAACUACUGGUGCCCUCGCCUAGGAAUCAAGGGCAAAGUAGACGCCACACUGGAGGUCAAGGUGCAUAACCACCGCCGGCUGGUGCCACUGGAGCUGAAAACUGGACGACACACUUUCUCUUCUGAACACAAGGGGCAGGUUAUCCUAUAUGCAAUGAUGAUGGCAGAACGACAGGCUGCAGAUGUGGAAGAGGGCCUCCUGCUCUACAUUCGUGACUGUGUGGACAUGCAGCGGGUGCCUUCCAGGCAUGCUGAGCGCAGAGACCUGUUGCAGAGGCGCAAUGAGCUUGCCUCCUACUUGGCUGAUGCUACCGGUGCCUUGCCCACACCCAUUGAUAGCCAGCGCUUCUGCCCUAAGUGCCCCUAUGCCACAACAUGCUCCAUCUACAGAAGAAGCUUGACAGAAAGUAGAAUGCCGCAGCUGGAGAUGCAGCCGGAGCCACAGUUUGUUGUGGACAGCGUCAAGCACUUGAGUGCUGAGCACACUAGCUACUUCUUGGAUUGGUGCGCCAUGUUGGAUAUGGAAGUGAAGCAUGCCAAGCUUGAUCUUCAAGAUCGCUUUUGGGUGGAAGACGCCAUGAAAAGGGAAAAUAAGGGCCUUUGCUUCAGUAACGUGGAACUUGCCAAGAAUCAGGAGAUUCCUUCUGUCAAUGAACAAACCUUCCGACACACCUUCCAUAGAAGUAGUUCUUCUCCACCGGGCAGCUUCACGAAGUGCUUUGGCCUUAACGUGGGUGAUCGCAUUGCUGUUAGCGAACAGGAGAGCUUGACCUGUGUUGCGGUGGCUACGGGUACUGUGACCACUGUGGCUAAUGAUGAGGUGGUGUUGGACUUGGACAAGAACAUGCACACCUGUCAGGAGUGGCAGACAAAGACAUUCCGCAUCGACAAAGUGUUCUCAUCAGCUUCGUUCACCAUCAGCUAUUCCAACUUGGCAAGGUUGAUGAGUGCUGAGCCUGAGUCUGACAGGCUGAGGUCGCUGGUCAUCGAUCGAUCUAUGCCUCUGUAUCGCAAGACAUUGUCCAAGGAGAUUGCCGUUGCAUGCCACGCUGUGCUCAAGCCUCUCAACAAUUUUCAGCGCCGAGCCAUUCUCAAGUUUUUGAUGAGUGAAGACUACGUCCUUUUCAAGGGAAUGCCGGGAACAGGCAAAACCACUACCAUUGCAGCCUUAGUUCAAACCUUGGUGCUGCUCAAGAAGCGGGUGCUAUUGACAAGCUAUACACACAGUGGCGUGGACAGCGUUUUGCUAAAGUUAAAGGCAAGGGGUGUGCCCUUUGUUAGACUCGGUGUUACCAGUAAGGUCCAUCCAGACCUCAGAGAGUUCAGCGCAAGCAACCUGACUGCAACCAUCAAUACUACUCUGGGACUGCAGGAGUUUUACGAGAGCCAACUAGUGGUCGCCUGCACUUGUCUGGGCUCGGGUCAAGGACCACUUAAGAGGCUGCGCUUCGAUGCCUGCAUUGUGGAUGAGGCUUCUCAGGCCUUGCAGCCUGCCUGCCUAGGACCCCUUUUCCUGGCCCGUUCCUUUGUGCUUGUUGGCGACACUCAGCAGUUGCCACCCGUGGUGCAAAGUGAUGAUGCAAGGAAAAAAGGCAUGGACGUGAGCUUGUUUGCGAGGCUGGAACAACCAGAAAACACGGUUGUGCUUCCCGUUCAGUACAGGAUGAACAGAGAGAUCACUGCUGUGUGUAACAAGCUGACUUAUGCUGGCCAACUGGAAUGUGGAUCCGAUGAUGUGGCAAACGCAAGCCUGUCACUGCCAAAUCUUCCAUCCACACUGGGUCGUGUUCUGCCUCCAGACUGCUGGAUCUUGAAGGCCACUUCUAAAGAACUAGAGGCGGCGGUUGUGUUUAUGUGCACUGAUGCACUGCCAUCAAGCGACGAGGACACCAGUGAUAGAAAGGGCACCACUAGCGGGAUUGAAGUCACCAUUAUCAUGCAGUUAGUUCGUGUUUUGAUCAAGGGUGGUCUGCCUCCUGAAGAAGUUGGUGUGAUUGCCCCGUUUCGAAACCAAGUGCAGCUGCUGAAGCAAGCAGUCUCUAGCAUAGCGCAAGUGGACAUCAGCACGGUAGACCAGUUUCAGGGCAAAGAGAAAAGUGUCGUCCUGCUUUCCUGUGUGAAGAAGUAUGCGGGUGAUAGCAAGGACACUGAAAUCUUGAAUGACCAGAGGCGCCUUACUGUGGCUGUGAGUCGGGCAAGACACAAGUUAAUUAUUGUUGGCAGCAGUUCAACAUUGAGAAAAUACAAGCCAUUUGAGAAAUUGCUGAGCUUUCUGCGGGAAGGACCAGAUUUUGAGGCUCCAAAGUGGAGAUGAAUCACGCUACAAAGAAAUUGUUCUGGAAAAUUAACAACGCAAGGUGUAUCUGGAUUUUGCAUGCCUGCAUUUAUGUGACACUAGUGACAUGCGAGGGCAUUGUGAUGUGUACAUAUGUAUAUAAAUAUUUUUAUAAUAAACAUUUCGUAUAUGCGUG